AUGUUUUAUAGACUGAUUUAUAUCACAAUUCUGAUAAUAGAAUUGAUUGAAUGUGUGUUUGGAGUUAAUUAUGUCGAUGUCAAGAAUUAUAAUAUAUCUCGUGGAGUUAAUGUGUUUUAUGGGAGAUUUAAUAAAUUUGGUAAAUAUUUUAUGUUUGUUGGUGAUUUGGAACCCAUUACUCAAUUAAGAUUCGGAAAUGAAUUGAUAUUUCCAAAUGAUACAGGUUCAAAUAAUUAUAACCUAUUUGUUGAAAUGUUCAUAAAAAAUAACAUUAAGCUGGUAUCAUUUUAUGUCCACACAUUUCAUAAAGGAUUAUUGAAAGAAGUAAAAAGAAAAGUCAUAAGAUUAUAUUCCGAUACAUACAGUUAUAUAGGACCAAAACCAAAACAUCCAUUUGUAACCAGGUUGAUUUCUGAAUAUUCUAAUUCAUAUUUGAAAACAUGCAAAUUUAUAAAUGACUACAAAGGCUUUAUAUUUGACGGAAUAUCAAGUCCAAGAUAUAUUUUUGGAUAUGUAUAUGAUUCAAAUCAUCCUGCUGUUGUGGGUUAUACAAUGUAUCCAUAUUUGAUUGAUGAAUGUUUUUCGAUUACAACUCUUACAUCGCAUUUUAAUUUUAACAUAUUAUCUAAAAGAUUUUAUGAGAUCUCCGUAAUUGAGACAUCUGAUAAUAAUGUACAAAAAUAUGAAAUGAGGCCUAUUUUAGGUGAAGAAUGUUGGUUUUUAAUAGAAUAUACAAAUGAAAUGAUAUCAAAUGAAGCAAUUUUGAAUGCAAUCAAAUUAUACAAAUUUUAUUCAAAUAACAAAGUAAUGCCAUUCAUUACAUUGGACAUAUCAGAGCUUGCUAGUCCCGAAAUAUUUGGAAUUGAAAAAGUUACAGGAUUAACGGGUAUUUACACAUAUAAAAUGUUUAAAUUGAAGGAAGAAUUUGAAAAUAACUGUAAAAUCAGAAUGGUUAUUGAUCCCACAAUCAGAAGAAGAAACAUUUUUAUUCAAAAAAAGAAAUAUAUUAAAUACAAUGUAGAGGUGUAUAGAAAUAUUGAGGAAACAUACGUGUUUAAUCGUUAUAGUAUAAAAAUUGGAGAUAUAAUUAUGAAAGAAUUAAUAAUAUACAAAAAAGGAACAUAUGAAGAACAAUAUGUUUCAGUAAUUCAAAAUGCAUAUAAACAAAUAUUAAAAAUGAUAGACGACUUGCAUCCGAUAAAACUAGAUGUUACAAUAGAUGAAGAACAACCAUCUUUAUUUGAGAAGAAGGAAAUAUCAAACAAAGAAAUGACAAUACAUCAUUUUUCAAUCAAUGAAACUAAUGAUUUCGGAGAAUCCAUAUUGAAUAAAUAUGUGUUUGGGCGAGUUUUUAGAACGACUAGUUUUGAAUUAGGUAACAUACCACAGGAACCUUUUAGAAAACAUAGGGUGAUGAUUGUUGGAGACAUAAAUACGAAUAAAUUUAUAGUAAGGAACAAAUCUACACUUGAUGAUUUGAGCACACCACAAUAUCAGUUGUUCCGACUAAGAAUAUAA